AAAUAGCAGGUAUCAAAGCUCUCAAUUAUAGGUGUAUUAAAAGGGUAACGUUCCCCUCCAAUUACCCCAAGUUUGUAUAUUCACCCUAAUUACAUUACGAAUUUCAUGGCAGCGCUUUGUUUUUGCUUCCACAGUAUUCAUGCCAAGCCAAUCGUAUUUUCAUAUGGUGUAUGCGCGAACCCAUCUUUAUUUCUGUUUUCUCGCACCCCUCUCGAGGCGUCGCGACACUAGGGUGCGGUCAACGAGAACGACGUCGCGUCGUCAUAUAAAUAAAGACAAUCACAAUCUAGGAGUACCUAAAAUAAUAUAGUUGACAUAGCAUUCUAAGUGGUUGUGUACGUAAUGGAUUUAAAAGGCAAGGUGGCUAUUGUCACUGGGGGUGUGUCUGGAUAUGGAAGAGCAUAUUGUGAAGAAUUGCUUAGACACGGUUGUAAAGUAUCUGUUUGUGAUAUAGAUUCCGAUGCUGGAGAUGAAAUGGUACAUAAUCUUUCAAAAAUUGCGAAAGACAGGGUAAUAUUUUGCCCAUGUGAUGUUACUGAUUAUCCUCAAUUCGAAGAGGCUUUCCAGACGACAAUAUCAAAACUUGGCGGUGUUGACAUAGUAAUUAAUAAUGCCUCAUUAAUGAACGACAGGCUAUGGGAAUUAGAGGUUGACGUAAAUUUGAAUGGCAUAAUACGAGGUCUUCUCUUAGCUUAUCGAUUUAUGGGACGAGAUCGAGGAGGAUGUGGUGGGAUUGUAAUAAAUGCAGGUGCUAGUAGUAGCGCUCACCCUAUGAUAUCUCUUCCUGUUUUUACUGCUACCAAACAUGCUGUAGCUGCAUUGACAUCAUGUUAUGGCGAUAAACUCCAUGUUAAUUUGACCGGUGUUAAAGUAAUAGCGAUAUGUCCCGCACCCACUGAAGCACAUUUAGCAGCAGAUCCAAGAAAACGUCUUCUUAGUGGAGAAUAUGAACAGGCAUGGCACGCUGAUAUCUCGAAUACUAUGCCUGUAAAGUGCGAGUAUGUAGCUAAAACGUUAAUAGAUUUGUUGAAGAAAGCUCCUAGUGGUUCUAGUUGGUUAGUGGAAAAUGGACAACUUCCAAAGCAGAUGUCAUUAUUUCCGUAAGUCGGGAAAAUUGGUAUUCAAAUACUGCGUUUCAAACAUAAUCAUUAUUUCGGAUUCAAUUUAAUAUGGGUCCACUUUUUGCUUGUAAUAUAAUCCUGAACUGCUGGAAAAUGUCAUUGUAGCAACGUUUUUGUAUUUUUCAUACUGUGACUACGCUAUUUAUACAAAAUUGUUGACCCUGUAUUGAUUGUAUCUUCCAUAAUGUAAUUUACGUACUGUAGCCAGUUUGUUUUUGUUCAUGGUUCAUUUUUUAAUAUAGUUCAAAUAGAUCUCAGAUACUUUGAUUGUUUUCGAUAGCAAAAGGAAUAUUUCCAGAAAACACACUAUUGAAAUAAGAUAUGUAUAGUGAAAAAUUAGUCCGAUAGACGUACUUUAAUUAAGAUCAAAAUUACAUUAAACACUAUUGUACAAAGAACUAAUAACUUAAGUUACCUUACUAGGUCUGUCUAGCAUCGUUAAAUAUCAUAACAAAUUAAUUGACUUCGAAAAAUUGUAUCUAUAAGCAAAGGGAGUAGGUACUUACCAAGAGGCCAUCUAAAAAUUAAGUCACAUGCUAAAGUAGAGGGAGGGGAUAAACGAAAUGUGACAUUGUGUGCAGGGGGGAGUCAAAUGACGUCACAUGUCAAAAUCGAAAAUAAUAAAUCGCGAAAUUUAUAUGUAAUAUAAAAUUGAAAAAUAUAUGAAGUCACACCAGGGGUGAGAGGGUGGUUCACAAAUUUGACCACGUAUGAUAAUGACGUGGGGAACUUUUAAAAAACCACAAAAUAUGUGUGACGUAAUUUAUGGAUGCCCCCUAAAGAACAACUCAAACUGAAAAAUCCUAGAUCGCUUACAUGGCCGCGGACAUAUGAAUAAGUUAAAACAAAUCAAAAAUAUUUUAAUAAAAUGACUAUUGUUGGUAUCAUUUUUAAUGCUUUAAUUAGAUAAACGUUGAAAUUGAAACAAUGUUCACUAAUUAUUAGAAAUGCUUCAGUCCACAUGUAUGUAUGUAGGGAUGUAACUUAUGUAAUGAAUAUAAAAGGAGCGAAAAUGUGAUCAUUAGCUUAACACUUUUUAUAAGUAAGUGAUCGUACUGUUUAAUAAAGUACUAACUGAUUUUUAAUAAAACUUAUACCGAAUAAUUAUUAUAAGAAUCGCUAAAAAACAUCCAACCAAUUUAAUAAGCACCACGCAAUAUUCUUUAAAAAGAUAAUUUAUAGUUUCCUUAAUUAAAAGACUGUAUGGUAAAAUUAUUGUAAUAGUGUGUCACUGAGGAUCUUCCCGUAUUUAUUCAACUUGUUUGUUUAGUUUUAAGAUGUUUUAAUGGU